AGUCAAGAUCUGGCUCCUACAACCUGUGGAAAACAUUCUGUACAAGAUGUUCUGCUGAGACAUGAUCCAAUGUGCAAGAAAGCCUUCAAUGGAAAGUGCAAGCCCUUCAGCAUUUUGAAACAGAGACUGCAGGGAACAGAAAUCAUCACUGUGAGCAAGCAGGCCCCACAAAAAAAGGAAGAACCCUCGCUCAAGAGAAAGGAUUUUGUUAAUACUUUUCAAUCAGCCACUCUGAAGGAGGGCCACCCUUGUCCACCUCCUCCCCUGCCAAGAAUGAAUCCAGACUAUAUUCAGUGUCCACACUGCUCACAGAGGUUUAGUGAGGCUGCAACACAGAGGCACAUGGAGUUUUCUGAAGAACAAGGUGUCUACCAUGCUGCAAAGACCACUGGACAGGCUUUGGACAAGCAGCCACUGACUCAGAGAAAAACUCCAACAUUAACACCUGCUGUGUUAUCGCUUCUGGAGAGAGUACAAAAAGGUGCCAACACAGACAAACCUAGCCUAGAGACCUCUUUAGAAAUACUGAAGAAAGCUGGAAAAUCUUGGGGUGUAUCUACUGGGAAAAAUUCUUCAGGAAAGUUUGGGCCGCAAAUGGACAACAGAAAAUAGAGUGGCUGGUUGGCGAGGAUGUGUUAAGGCUUUCUUCUAACACAUUACAGAAGAUCUUAAGCAACACAAUUUUCCAGUACCACUUCUGCCUGAAGUUCUACAGCUACCACGUUCAAUAAAAUAAGCAAACUGAAA